AUGUCGGCUGGAUGCGGCCUCGGCGACUGCCUGGAGGACUUUGGAUUCGGCGGCGCCCACCAGCAGCAUCAGCAACAGCAACAGCAGCACGGAGCCCACCAGGGCGGCAGCAACGCCCACAUCAGCGCGCAGAUUCGGCAGGCCGUAGAGGAGGCCAUCCGUGCCUCUGGCAUUGGCGUCGCCCUGGUGGGGGUGCCGGGCAUGCAGGGGUUUGCACCCACGCACCAGCAUGGCCGACCACACCGCCAGCACGUGGCGCACCCGCAGCACCACACCCCGCAGCAGCACCAGGAGCAGCAGGAGGGACACCAGCAGCGGCGGCAGCAGCAGCAGCAGCAGCACCAGCAGCAGCACCAGCAGCAGCUCGGAUGGCAGGACAACGUGGACUUGUCCCAGCCAGCUGCUGCUCGCCCCAUGCCUGGCGCGCCCGCGGCCGCCGCGCUCGCACCACCAGCCGCCGUGUCGUUCCGCGACGCCGGCGCUGCGGCAGCGGACGUCCUUGCGGAGCGCCAGAGCAGCCACGCGGCCGCCAGCACCAGCGCUUCCGUCGUGGCACAGGCAGAAUCGCACGGCGCGACGGCGGCACAGGCGCGCACACACCAUCCGUACGACGCACGCCUGCUAACCAGCCUCAUCAAGGGCGCGCGUGAUGCGGAAGCUGUCAGGCAGCUGCUCGAGGCGCAAUGGGACGGCCUGGACGAGAUCCACGUCAGCGCGGCGUUCGCCCGGCUGGCGCACCUGCAGCAGCACGCGGACGCCCCGCCAGCCGCGCCAGGCCUGCGGCUGCGGCGGCAGGGGCAGGGGCAGCAGCGCCCACACCAGAGCGUCGGCGGCUACACCGCAACCCCAACCAAGCGGCGGGCGCUUGCACUGGAGUUUGCGCCUCAGGCGGCGGCUGCGGACGUGCUGGCGGCGUUGGAGGCGGAGCAGCGGGAAGCGCAGCGGCUGCACAAGCUGCGGCUCGCGGCGCCGCCUGUGAUCGUCGCCGAGCAGCUGCCGGCCAGCUUCCUCGUCGGCCUGCUGCAGCUGGCGGAGCGGCACCUGCCCGCGAUGCAGGGCCGCCACGUGUCGAGCGUGCUUUGGGCCGUUGCCGUGCUCGGGCUGCGGCCCCCGGAGCACUGGAUCUCUGCGUUCGCGCAGCGCGCACAGGCGUUGAUGGCGCACGGCACGUCGCCGCAGGGGUUCAGCAACACCAUCUGGGCCAUGGCCACCCUCGGCUGGCGCCCCGCUCGCGGCUGGCUCGGCAGCUUCUACGCAGCCGCCCAGCCGCACCUGGCGGGCUUCCGGCCGCAGGAGCUGUCCAGCAUGCUCUGGGCGUUGGGCGCGUCCCGCGCGCACCCGCCGCCGGCAUUCGCCGAGGCGGUGCUUGACGCCGCGGCCGCGCGGAUGGGCGGCUUCACAGCGCAGGGCCUGGCCAACCUGGUGUGGGCGCUCGGCGUGCUGCGGCUGCGGCCGCCGGCGGGCUGGUGGGCGGCGGCGGGGUUUGCGGCGCGACGGUGCGCGCGGGAGCUCACGCCGCAGGGCAUGGCCAACCUGCUGUGGGCCUAUGCGGUCCUGGACGGCCCUGCGGCACGGCAGCAGCAGCAGCAGCAGCAGCAGGCGCCCUCCUGGCUCGCCGCCCUGGACGAGGUUGCGGCGUCCAGCCUGGACACGUACAAGCCGGACUACCUUGCAAACGUCGUCUGGGCGCUCGGCGUGGCCGGCCACGAGCCCAGCAGCGCGCUGCUCGCGGCCGCCGAGCGCGGCGCCAUCGCACAGCUGCCCCACCUCUCGGGGCCGGCGCUGGCGAGCGUCUUCUGGGGGCUGACGCGGCUCGGAUGGCGCGGGGAGGGCGAGGCCGGCGCGCAGCUGCUCGGCGGCUGCCUGGCGCGGCUGCUCGAGGAGCUUCCUGCGCUGAAGCCGCGGUCGCUUGCAGAGGUAGCGUGGGCGGCCGGCGAGCUGGCGCGGUGCAGCAGUGGCAAGCAGCAGCAGCAGCAGCAGCAGCAGCAGCAGGUGGGGGCGUCGGUGGCGGGCGCUGAGGCCCGUAUUUGGUCCCAGCAGUUCCUGUGGCACGUGCAGGGGCGGCUCUCGGAGUUCACCCCGUCAGAGCUGGUGGACUUGGGGGCCGCCCUCUGCCCCUCUGGCGGCUUUGCGCCCGGCGCGGCCUGGGCGGACGCGUACAUGGGGGCGGCCGCCUCGCAGCUGCUCGCCUUCCGCCCGCGCCACUUUUCCGGGGUACUGAGGGCGCUGGCAGCGUGGGGGCGGCAGCAGCAGCUCCAGGACUCGGAGGGGUGGCGCGUCGUGUUCCUCUCAGCGGCGCAGCAGCAGGUGUCCGCGUGGCGCUGGGCGCCGGCGGACGCGGCGGCGCUGCUGCAGGCGCUCGCGGCGGCGGGCGUGCGGCCAGAGGAGCGGCAGCUUGUCGCCUUGCUGGAUGCGACUCUCGUGCCCCACGGCAGCCAUCAUCAUCACCAGCAGCAGCAGCAGCAGCAGCAGCAGCAGCAGCAGCAUGAGCAUGAGCAGGACGCGCUGGGCCCCUUGGCUGCAUGCGGAGCUGGCGCCGGCCACAGCUGCCUGCCGGCGCUUGCGGUGGCCUGGCAGGCGCUCACGUCGCUUUCGUACCGCCCACCUUCGAAGUGGCUGCUGAGCUUCUACCAGAAGACGGAGCCGCUCCUUCUGGCGGCGGCUGUGGACGGCAGCGGCGCGCGGGAGGCCGCGUCGCUCCUUCACAGCAUGGCGCUGCUGGGCAUCAGGGCGCUCGCGAGCGCUCUUUGGGCCGCGGCAGCCAUUGGCGCGUUCGACGCAGCCGCCGGCGGCGACUCCACCGCCGAUCAAGGGGCAGGCCCCGCCUCCGCGGCCGGCGGCCCGGUGGUGUCGCGGCCGGCGCCGCACGGCGCCGCGUUGGCGGACGCGGACGCGGCCUGGCUUGCAGCUGACGUGCGCCCCUGGCUCGCGGAGCUGUUCAGCGCGCGCUCCGCCGCGCAGCUCGCGUCCCUCGAGCUGCCGGCGCUGGUGCAGCUGGCGCGCGCGCUCGUGCGCCUGCGCGCCCCCGCACCGCCGGCCUGGGCUGCCGCGUUUUCCGCGGCGGCCGCGCCGCGCCUGCCGACCGCGGCGCCCCCGCACCUCGCGCCGCUGCUCGCCGCGGUGCCGCUGCUGGGCGGCGCGGGCUCGCGGCCCGAGCUGGCGGGCGCGCUGCUUGACGCGGCGCGCGCGGCGCUCGGCGCAUGCAGCCCGUCGAUGGUGUCCGCCGUGCUCGGGGGCGUCCACGCCAUGCGCGCCGCCCCCGACGCCGAAUGGUCUGCUGCCGCGGUGGCUGCGGUCUGGGAGAAGCUGCCCGCCCACAAGGCCGGCAGCCUGGUCGGCACGCUGGUAGCGCUCGCGCGGCUGCGGGUGCGGCUGCCGCCCGCGUUCGUCGAGGCGGCGGCCGCGGAAGCCGCCAGGAAGCUGCAAUUCAUGUCGGCCCAGAAGCUGGUGGACCUGCUGUGGGCGCUGGUGGCGCUAAGCCACCGCCCGAGCGCGGCGUGGAUGGCGGCGUGGGAGGCGCGCGGCGUCGAGGUCGGGCUCGCGCCGCUGCCGCCCGCGCAGCUGUCGCGCGCGGUGUGGUGCGCCGCGGCGCUGCAGCGGCGGCCGCGGGACGCGUGGAUGCGGGCGUUCUUUGAGGCGGUGGGCGCGCGGAUGCAGCAGCUGGACGCGGCAAGCAUCGCCGACAUGCUUUGGGCCUGCGCCAUGCUCGAGGAGCAGCCGGCAAAGGAGUGGAUGGACGGCGUCCUCGCGGCUUCCAGGCAGCUGCUGCCCAGCUUCCCGCCCAACGCGCUUGUGACCACCCUCUGGAGCCUGGCCCUCAUGCAGCACAGGCCGCCGGGCGACUGGAUGGACAGGUGCAUGCCCGUGCUGGCAGGCCUGCUGGACCAGUCUGACCAGCAGCAGCAGCAGCAGCAGCAGCAGCCGCUGCACCCGCCGCUGCAGCCGUCCGCGCUGCCGCGCCUGGCGUGGGCGCUCGCCGCGCUGUCGUGCAGCCCGCCGCGCGUGCUGGUGGAGGCGCUCGCGGCGCGCUGCGCGGCCGGCGCGGGCGCGCUCGACGCGGGCGGUGCGUCGGAGCUGCUCUGGGCGCUGGAUCGGCUCGACCAGAGCCCGGGCAAGCCGCUUGUAGCUAUGGUGGUCGCAGCGGCGCGGCGGCAGCCCUUGGGGGCCGGCGCCGCGGCUGGCGCCGCGGGGCCGUCGGCCGCCCUGCAGCGCAUUCUGGCGGCUCAGGCGGGAGGCGGGGGGGCGGGCGCGCGGGAGCUCGGCGCAAGCGACGCGCCCGGCGGCGCGCCUGCUGUGUCGGUCUGUCCGACGCCCAUCGGGCGCACGCUGCUGGCCCGGCCGCUGCGCACAAU